CAAAAGAGCGGGGCUUCUGUACUCUGACCACUCAGGGCGGCAUCGGCCCUGCCCCUCAGGACUGCCCAACAAUGUCUUUAAAAGGAGAGGUAUCUGACUGUUGGCUGUCGGCACUCCUACCAUCUCUCUCUUACCUUCAGAUUCGCCAGCGCAGGUCGCCGGUCAACCUCGUUGCUUCCUCUUCGAUCUUGGUCGCUCCGUUUUCGCCUACGUCCUCAACAUGCUCUUCCUGGCCCGCAAGCAUAUCCUCAUCAACGCGGUCCUGGUCCAGAUAGCACUCGGCAGAGUGAGCAGUGAGCGAGAGUCCGUGAUGAGACGUAGUCCUGGUCUGCAGAGCGUCGCGAAUGCAUUCGACGUUUCGCACCCAUUCGUUAAAAGCUUGCACUCCGAGCUCGGGCCGGUACAUCGCACGACCACUGAGCGCUUCGCUGCCUUGCAACUGCCUACAUUCAAAAAGCAAGCAUCUUCUCAAAGGAAUGCCUUUGCAUCCAAUACGCCAUCACGUCAUGGGCAGCUUACCACCAAGCUCAACGAGACCCGCAAAGAGUACGAGAAAGUGGUCCUCGGAAAGGGUACUUCGAGCCUUGCAAAUAUGGGAGGCGCAAACCUCAUUCGAAACCCAUCGCCCGAAGCGCACAUGACGGACAGUCGUUCGACAAGCCCAGUCAGUGUACUCAAGCAGAAACACAUCCUUCAUCGAGUCAAGGCUUCACUUGCUUCCAGCAACGGCAAAGGCGAUGGUGGACACCAAUCUGGCACAGGCGUCUUUGUGCCGAAAGUUGAAGUGUACGAAAAGUCUGUUAACAAUUACGAUGGCCUGAAAGCUUACUUUGGCAAGAGUGGUGACCUUGCAAACAUGGGCACGCGGAAGAAAAUCAACAAGGUCGCCGAGAAACUCAAAGCUAACUCUCCAGGAGUAUUUGAACGGCAUAUCACGGAUGGCGCCUCGUCAUCGGGUGGCAGGUCCAGAGCAAGCAGCUCGAGGUCUCCAAGCCCCACAACACGAGCCAUGGCGACAGGCGACUCUGCGAGCAAUGCCGGGUCAAGCGUGCCUAGGAUCACGACGUAUCGUCGACGUGAAUGGCGCGCUGCCACCAAACUGCCGGUUUGACGUGAGACUUACGCUGCUUUCGAUUGCAUCGCUGGCAGGUUUGACAAGGGCUUGAUACACUUCCAGGUUCGUACCGACUUCAUGCUGGGCGCAGCGGCUCAGGAUGGCCAUAUGUUGCGCGCUGUGAACAGCUGAAUGCGCCCCCAAGAACAGAAGUGAAGCUCUGAUGAGAAUGUGUAGCGUAAUUGAAUGCAAAUCGCUUGCACCGAGCCGUUCAGCCACCAUUUGUGUUGUCAGUCGUCCUCGAGCACUAUGUGCUCGUGGCGUCCGACA